AAACAGAUACUAGCUCUCUAUAAAAGAAACAGUGGUUUCUUCUAUAAUUUCAUCCUUUCUUUCACAAUCACUGUAUCUCUUACAAAUUUUUCGUUCUUGGUUUGGAAUUUCAAUCUUCAUUAGCAAGUUCUUUCUCUUUGACUUCGCUGAAAGCGGAGAGUGAUUUUAGAUUUAGAAGGAACCGUAGUUGGAUCUUUUUCAGCCUCACCUUGAAAGAUUUCCCGCCAAGAAAAAAUGCGGGUUCCUGCGUGGAUUUCAUGUAUGGUUUCUUCAUGUCUAAGGCCUUGGAAGCCACAUACCAACAUCAGCAGUGAUGAUGAAGAUGAUCCUAGUACAUCCACUACAAGCACACUGGUUCAAUGGCGUAGAGAUCUUCUGAGGCAUUCUCAUGGUGAAUUCUCCUAUGCUGUGGUUCAGGGCAAUGUAGAAAUUGAAGAUCAUAGCCAAGUUGAGAUUGGAUCUAAGGGCAUAUUUGUCGGGGUUUAUGAUGGUCACGGUGGUGCUACUUGUUCCCAUUUCCUUAAAACUCGUCUCUUCCCGAUCGUAAUAAACAGUGCUAGGGAUCAUGGAACUAUCAGCGAUGACACGCUGAGGGAAUCUGUUUGUGCUGUAGAGAGUGCUUUUAUGGAAAAUAUAGGGGUGGGAACUCCAGCAGUACAAAUGUGUAAUACUAGAGUAGGUUCCUGUUGUCUGGCUGCUGUUAUCUGGGAAGGAGUUCUACAUAUCGCCAAUCUUGGAGACUCUCGUGCCGUGGUUGGAACUUUAGGUAGAUGUAGAAGCAUCACUGCUGUACAGUUGACAACAGAUCACAAUUGCUGUAGGGAGGAAAUUAGACAAGAACUUCAGGCUGCCCAUCCAACUGAUCCAGAGAUUGUAGUCAUUGAUCGUGGAGCAUGGCGUGUUAAAGGCUUCAUCCAGGUGUCCAGAACCAUAGGAGAUGCACAUCUGAAGAUUCCAGGGCUUUUGAGGUCACCUCUCACUGUACCUGUGCUGUCUGCAGAACCCAGUGUAACUUCAAGAACUCUGAGUUCCAAUGACAAAUUUCUUAUAUUUGCAUCCGAUGGACUUUGGGAUCUCUUGACAAAUCAGCAUGCUGCUGAGAUUGUUCAUCUGAAUCCACGGAGAGGGAUUGCAAGAAAGCUUAUUAAGGCUGCUCUAAAGGCGGCAGCUAGAAGAGCGAAGGUAGAAUAUUCAACGCUUAUGGAGGUGCCGGCAGAGGGCAGACGGAUGAUUCAUGAUGACAUUACUGUGGUGGUUGUCUUCCUCGACGGUACCUCGCAUCACCAUGUCACAGAGUUGUCCGUAAGAGGCUUCGAAGAAGCAGCUGGACCAUCUAAUUUUCGAAGUGUACGCAAUUUCGGGUGAUGCGAGGAUUAUUCUUUCUACAACUGUUGCAAAUAAAGCUCACUGCCUCUGCCUAAUUCUGGUUCAAAAGGAAAACUAGAAAAAAUAACAAUACACUUAGACACAGUUUUGUGGCAUACUGUAAAAGUGUACUAUCGAGGUUCUUCUACUGUUGGCCUCACUUUCAAAGUGUACUUUCUGUUUCUGAAACUCAAUAACUAAAGCUGAAAUUGAAUUUCGAAGGCUUUUUCUA